GUCGCGCCGUCAGUCCGCCGGGUAACGUGGCGGCGCUGCGCUCGUGUGCGAGGAGUGGCUCGAGCUGUCACUGUUCAUGUAGUUUUCUGUGAUAAGAAAUACUGUGAAAUUAAUAGUUUAGCGAACUAAUUUACACAACUCACGAUGUCCGCGUCGGGUGAAUUCGGUAAUCCUUUACGCAAGUUCAAGCUCGUGUUCCUGGGCGAACAGAGCGUGGGGAAGACUUCACUCAUCACUAGAUUCAUGUAUGAUAGCUUUGACAACACUUAUCAGGCAACAAUCGGUAUUGACUUCCUCUCGAAGACCAUGUAUUUAGAAGACCGCACGGUGCGGCUACAACUCUGGGACACGGCGGGUCAGGAGCGUUUCCGCUCACUCAUCCCUUCUUACAUCCGGGACUCCACUGUUGCUGUGGUGGUCUAUGAUAUAACCAACGCAAACUCAUUCCACCAAACCUCGAAAUGGAUCGACGACGUCCGCACCGAGCGCGGCUCUGACGUCAUCAUCAUGUUGGUCGGCAAUAAGACCGACUUGUCCGACAAGAGACAGGUUUCUACCGAGGAUGGGGAUCGUAAGGCGAAGGAGCUUAAUGUGAUGUUCAUAGAGACUUCUGCUAAGGCUGGUUAUAACGUGAAACAGUUAUUUCGACGAGUAGCGGCCGCUCUGCCUGGCAUGGACUCCGCUGAAAGCAAGCCUCCCGAAGACAUGCAAGAGGUGAUCCUGCGGCAGGCGCCCGGCGACCACCGCGAGCCCGACGGCGGCUGCGCCUGCUAGGGCCCGGCCGCACUCCGACCUGGCUGGAUGGACAUUCAAGAGAUACAAGAAGAGAGGCUUUGUAAGGUUAGGUGUGUUGAAAUAGCGACCGAAAUGCGUUGACUUAGAGUUUGAAUUUGUGGAAGCUGCAUAUGAUUGCGAAUAGGAAAGAAAUAAGCAUCGCUUAUGUUUUCAAAUUCCGAAUAUCCUUUAUUCCUUUCCGUGUUUAAUUUCUCACGCAUUUUACUUGACGUUGGCUUGACACCGCCCUCAAGUCCAUACAAAGAAAAAAAAACACUUGGAUAGGUUUGUUGGAAUAGCGACCGUUAACGGUUUAAAGUUUAAAUUUGUAAACGCUAUAUACGAUUACGAAUAGUAUUCUAAAAUUUAAAAAAAGUUUGUGAUUUUGAGCUUUCUUGCAUUGUGUUAAAGUUUUAUCCGGGAACGGAUGAAAUUGUACCUUUUCUAUAUCACAUCGCUUCUUACUCUCAGAGAUGUUACGAGCAAUAUUAAGUGCAUUUUUUUCUACCGCGAUCAUAUGUAGCUUUAUCAUUGAAAAGCAACUCUAAUACCCUUAAGUUAGAAUUGAAAUUAAUAUGACACAACACCUUGAAGACUUUUUUUCGAAUGAAUCAUUCCAGUCAGUCAGACGUUGACAAGUUUCGUCCUCGAACCGAAACUGAAUGGUCUACGGGAGUUAGUGCAGGUCUAAAGCGUAAGGCAUGUGCUUUGUGUGUCUCCACAGUGAUACUAGGUUUUAAUGUAACUUCAGUAGUUGCUGAUAGCUGUCUACACUUAUGUGAGCCUUAUUAUUUUGCUGUACGUUGAAAUUUGAAGACACAAAAGCACGCGAAAAUACAUUUGAGGACAUAAUAAAAAGCGUGUUUUAUUAUAUAUUUUAAAUUUUGCAAUUAACAAAUCUGGCUGAAUGUUUUUUUACGCUUUUUUAUUGUGUUCUGGAGUGUACAUAAUGCAAGACCGGUAGGAGCCAUACAAUUUGUAUGCGAUGAAUGCUGAAUGGUGAUAGAUUUUUUAAAUGUGGACUAUAAGGUAAUGUCUUAGCGCUACUCUAUGGAAUAAUUUACACAUAAUAGAUGACCAGGGGUCGGACAAAAAGUGCGCAUGACGUCAAACCACUUAUAGGAUGAUUUCAAAUACAUAGUAUUUUUGAUUUUCAUAAACAAUUAUCACUUAUCAUUUAUCAACCUCUUUAUUAAACGAUAUCGCCACUUGAAAUGAGUAAGUACGUUUUUGACUGACACAUUGUCAAUCAGAUGAACAAUAAAUUGACUUCGUUACUGUUUAGCUAUUGUAUCUUCACGAUUAUAUUUAGCUAAAAUUUAUAUUUACUAAUGUAUAAGAAAACGCUCUAAAAUGUCAUGUCAUCUUUACUCGAAUAUUGUGGCAAUUUUCCGUUUUUGGAGGUACGUGACAAACACGUAUACUGCUAAUCUUACCUACUGUUCCCACUUUUGACUAUUAAACCUAUUUAUCUGAGGAUCCCACAGACUUGUUCUAACUAAUUUCAAAUAAUUAUACCUUAUGGUAACAAGUUUCGUGAAAUUUAUUUUAUUCACUACAUCACCCUACCACCUGUAUUAUUAAUUCCAUGGAUUUAUUUACGUUUAUUUUGUUACUUCAUUAAUACUACUUUGUUACUACAUGUCACACGGAAGUUUAAAUACAAACUUAAACAUCAUCCUGUGUGCAAGAUUAAGUACGUCAUUUUUACGUCAUCCGCACUUUUUGUCCGACCCCUGUAGAUGACUUUAAGAAGCCUGAGGGUCUACCACGCGCCACUUCGUCCGUUCGUCUAUUCACCUGUCUUUCGUUUGAAUGUGCAAGAGCGAUAAAGAGGCAGAUAAAGAAUACUCGAUUUUCGCGUUAGGCCCUCUGAUUUUACGCUAAUCUGGUAAAAAUAACGAGCUGUAAUUGUAAUUUGAAAAACCAUAAGGCGAAUAACGUAUAAUAAGCCUGAGCUAGAUGGACUUAGGUCUGUUUUCGCUCGGCUCGAACAUAGUAUAUAUUAUACAUAACAAUUAUAGCGGUUGUUCUGAAAUUAUCAUAUUUAGUUAGUUGAUCUCAUUCGAAGUGGCGCUAAGAUUUUGCAUAGUUUUAUAAUGGGGAACAGAUUUUACAAAUUCACCUAGCUGUAUCAUUAGAGUGGCGGCCAUCUUACAUCCGUAUUUGGCUUAAAGAAACAGCAAUGUCCAAUUAUUUGUUUUGACUCUUUAUGGAAUUAAACCUUUUGAACGCUUUAUGUCAUAAACACAAACAUCACUCUAACGCCAAGGUCCCGGGCGCAAGUAAACCUUACUCGAAAGUGAAGGUUACUUUGACAGCGUCCGCCAAAACACCUAUAGUUGUCCUUGGCGUUGUGGGCACGACUCGUAACGACGACUUUAAGUGUUCUUGGCGUUGAAAAGGUUAAUGUGUCCACGGCCGGCAAAAAGUCCCACUUUGUCCCUUGCAAUAAGGACGAGAUUAGCUUGUAUCUUUAUACGAAUAACUGGACAAGGCGUCCUUAUGGAAAGCGAAAAAGUGGGACCUUUUGCCGGCCGUGGAUGUGAGCGUGUAAUUUCCAUGUUUUUAAAAUGUUGUAAUGCUAUCAUAAUACUUGAUAUAUUUUUAUUCAUAAAAUCAUGUGAUGAAAUAAGUCAAUUUUCUACUUAUACCGGAAUCUGUUCCCUAAAGACUGUUAGGGUACUUGGUUAUUAAGUGCAAGUAUGCUGCAGGACGUCGCAUUAGGGCGAAUAGUGAGAUCGCACAUUUGAAACGAAAACAAUCAAGUGACACACCAUAUUAUAGUCUUUCUUAUGGAUUUAUCUGUUGAAAAAAGGCGGCAAAUUUGAAAAAUGAAGGCACGAAGGUUCGAGGUCUCAUAUAUUUUUUUUAAAUUUCGCUGUCUUUUUUGUGUAAUUAGUUGGCCAGACUAACAUAUAAUUUAAAUUCGAAUAUUUUGAGUAAUUUGGACACAGAGACAUAUUUUUAACGCGCCAGAGACUGGUUGUAUAUUUGUUUAAUGAAGUUAUAUAAAUUAUAAUCAAAAAAUUUAUUAUUAGGCGGGUCCGCACAGAGCGAGCAUAUGCGCAAGGCAAUAUCCUCACACCAAAACGGCCAGUGUAGACGUGCCUCGCGCUUAUGUUUUACGCGCGUAUAAAUAUACUUAUUAGGUAUAUUUAUUCAGGCGGGCCGCAACAGGCGUCCUCAUUAAACAUAAAGAUAGUUUAUUCUCCAAGUAGGCAUAUUACAAUGCGCUUAUGAACGUCAAAUAAAGCUACGCCGGCUCUAACCUACACCUCUGACCCGAGAUUUAAAUCCCUCCUAAAUUGUAGGAGGGUAUCCCAAUAUGGGACCGGCUAGAAACUCAUUGCACUUGUGUUUUCGUUUUAAAGGUACGAUAUGUAUGAAGGGACGACUAAAGCUCUGUGUUGUAUAUAGCACGCACCGCGGGACCGGGCCGAUAUCAUUUGCUUUAUUAAUAAAUAAACAUAACAAGACAGGAAAAAAUACUUGUGGCAUUAUGUCGGUGCCGAGGUUCCACUUUCUUUAGAACUGUAUAUUGACACAGUGGUAUGGUAAAUUAAGAAUUUUCGUAAAAAAAUUUUUAUUGAUUUAGUGGCAGGCUGGCAGCUAAAUAUCUAUAUUCCCUUUUACAAUAUCAACUAAGUGUGAUGUUAAUACUUUGAAUGCCAGACGACGGAAUAUGCCCUACCCCGGACGCCAGGCGAUCGGGAUUAUUUAAGCGAAAUUGGGAGUGCCGCGUAAGUCCCUAUUGCAUUGGCGCAGCUGACAGCUGUGGCCGUCGUUGGUGUUCUUUGGAAGACAUUCCGAUGACGUCCACAGCAAGGGUUAAAGAAAAUUAAUAAUUGUUCCACUUUGAAGUAAUUACAGACACACACACACACCCACCCACACAAACAGACACACGAUCUUUUGUCGAUUGAUUGGUUUAGUUCGGUUAAGACAUAAAUAAUAUAUUAGUAAAGAUCAGGUUCCGAGUCCCGCGGUCCUUGUAAUUAGUAUUAUUUAUUUAAUUAGUGCUUAAGAAUAAAAUCUUAUGAUUCUAAUAAAUUAUAUCUAAAGUUUUUUAAUUAGUGAGAUUAUCACCGCUCUUGGGCUUUUAUUAAUGUUUUAUAACAUUUUUAAUAAUUGUAAUACUGUAAAAAAACUGUCAUUCCAAGCUUGAUGUCAACAGUAACGUUAAUGGUUACAUAUAUUUGAGAGCAAUACCUAUUGUAUGUUUAGUAGUAGUUUUGACAUUGUUAUAACAUAUAUUAGUAGAAUUUUUUGUAAUAUAAUUUAUGUGAGAUAUAUUCUUUAUUUUCGAAUUUUCUUUUGGAUAAUUGAGUUAGGGGCUAAAUUAUGUUUUGUGUGUUCCGCUGCGCGCGACUUUGGUCAGACACUACUGCAAUUUCGGUAUUUUCUUCUGAUCAUGCUUAUAUGUUUUUAUCAAUCUGCAAUAAAAAUGUAGGUGGGAGAAUCAACUUUUUAGCGUCACUCGUUGCCAUGGUUACGAUUAGUUGUCCAGGGGACAAAAGUUCAUUGAAAUACUGAUUUUAUGGUACUUAAAUGUAUUAAACUUGCGUUUUUGUGGUCGUUAUAACCAAUGGGCCCCCUACUAAGCAUGUUAAUAGAACGGCAUACAACGUCUCUUCAAACAAACUGUGCCACUGUUGUCCCUUGGACAACGGGACAGGAUAACAAAACAAAAACAGUUGAUUCACCCAGGUACAGUCAGAUCAAGAUAAGUUGGUAGCGAUUUUGAUGGCCCAGACGGUGCAAGUGUCAAGUAAACGUCAAAAUUUCAUGGAAGUUGACGUUUACAAUAACCCGUGCACCUAACCUAUCUUGGUUUGACUCUACUAAUAAUAUGUUAUGUAAAUUUGUAAAUGUGUUUUUUACACAUUUGUGACCUUAACCUUUUAGGAGCCGACUUUGCUCAGAGAAAGGGAAGAAAAUUAAUACUGUCUAAUGUCAUUAUUAUUAAUCUUAGUUUUUUUUUACCAACUGACUAUUGCAUUGAUCUACAAUUAUUGUCAACAGUACCUUGAAUCAUAUUACUGUAUUCUAUACUCUGUAUCUUUAGGUAUUUAAAUAAAAGUAAACAAACAAUUUGUACAUUUUCGGGUAGUUUUAAUAUUUAUUGGUUAACCAACCAAAUACAAUACCGCCGGGAUCUGUCACUGAACGACCUGACUUUAACCUACAUUAUUUGAUCAUGUAAUGUUUUCAUCUACCCUCAACUGGCUUAAGGAGCCAUUUGAGGGUAGAUUUUGUUUACUUUUAUUUAAAUACCUAAAGAUACAGAGAUAGAAGUGGUAUCGGUCACUUGACAGUACCUUUUUAUAAAGGCCAGCACACGGGCUGCGUAUGCGCAGACGUGCGCGUGCGCUAAAAUGUUGAAGCUGUGUACGCCACGGCUCGGAACCGGCCUAUAAAAUAUUGUUUUAUUUCGGUUUUCCUCCGAACUUUUAUAAGAACGCGAACGUUUUAAGAACUUUGUUGUAACCUAAAAAAACCGAUUUAUUCAACGAGUGACGAACGGCCGGACUGUUGGUGUGCCACGUAAACAUAGACACCGACAUAGGAAGAAACCGGUUGUUAUUGCUCUAAACCGAUUAAUUUGACAUGAACUGUUGUCAUAAAAACCGGUUUAAAAAUAACGGUUUUUCGAGCCAUUAAAAGGUUUUGCGCCAAGUACAUAAUAACGGUUUAGAAAUUUAACUGGUCUCCGAGCCUUGGUGUACGCACACAUCACGAAAGUGGAGUGCCGUCUGCCAUAAGGAUAUGUAUAUUACAACGCGCACGCAUCCGUCUUUCUUAAACCUUUUAGUUUCGUUUUCCAUGGUAAAAAGUUUUACGAUCAAUGCUGAUAACUGAGAACAUCAAUGACAAAAUAAUAUUAAAGAAUACCUAUUACAUUUUGUAAACCUCAAUGACUGGUUUUUGUCGCGAACCUGGUUUAUUGUAAAUACCCAUAAUACACGCUGAAUAUACAUAUUUUAAAUAAAACAUUAAAUCGAA